AUGAAGCUGUACAUCAUGAGUGACGCAAGGACUGACGAUGAGGUACGCUGCCCUGGCCAGGAGGAGAGAGGAGAGGGUUAUCAUGGGGACAGGAGGAGAGAGAAGAGAGGAGAGGGUUACCAUGGGGACAGGAGGAGAGAGAAGAGAGGAGAGGGUUACCAUGGGGACAGGAGGAGAGAGGAGAGAGGAGAGGGUUAUCAUGGAGACAGGAGGAGAGAGGAGAGGGUUAUCAUGGGGACAGGAGGAGAGAGAAGAGAGGAGAGGGUUACCAUGGGGACAGGAGGAGAGAGGAGAGGGUUAUCAUGGAGACAGGAGGAGAGAGGAGAGGGUUAUCAUGGGGACAGGAGGAGAGAGAAGAGAGGAGAGGGUUACCAUGGGGACAGGAGGAGAGAGGAGAGGGUUAUCAUGGAGACAGGAGGAGAGAGGAGAGAGGAGAGGGUUAUCAUGGGGACAGGAGGAGAGAGGAGAGGGUUAUCAUGGGGACAGGAGGAGAGAGAAGAGAGGAGAGGGUUACCAUGGGGACAGGAGGAGAGAGAAGAGAGGAGAGGGUUACCAUGGGGACAGGAGGAGAGAGAAGAGAGGAGAGGGUUACCAUGGGGACAGGAGGAGAGAGGAGAGAGGAGAGGGUUAUCAUGGAGACAGGAGGAGAGAGGAGAGGGUUAUCAUGGGGACAGGAGGAGAGAGAAGAGAGGAGAGGGUUACCAUGGGGACAGGAGGAGAGAGAAGAGAGGAGAGAGGCUUAUCAUGGAGACAGGAGGAGAGAGGAGAGGGUUAUCAUGGGGACAGGAGGAGAGAGGAGAGAGGAGAGGGUUAUCAUGGGGCCAGGAGGAGAGAGGAGAGGGUUAUCAUGGGGCCAGGAGGAGAGAGGAGAGGGUUAUCAUGGAGACAGGAGGAGAGAGGAGAGAGGAGAGGGUUACCAUGGGGCCAGGAGGAGAGAGGAGAGGGUUAUCAUGGAGACAGGAGGAGAGAGGAGAGAGGAGAGGGUUAUCAUGGGGCCAGGAGGAGAGAGGAGAGGAUUAUCAUGGAGACAGGAGGAGAGAGGAGAGAGGAGAGGGUUAUCAUGGGGACAGGAGGAGAGAGGAGAGGGUUAUCAUGGGGACAGGAGGAGAGAGGAGAGAGGAGAGGGUUAUCAUGGGGACAGGAGGAGAGAGGAGAGAGGAGAGGGUUAUCAUGGAGACAGGAGGAGAAAGGAGAGAGGAGAGGGUUGUCAUGGAGACAGGAGGAGAGAGGAGAGAGGAGAGGCUUAUCAUGGGGACAGGAGGAGAGAGGAGAGAGGAGAGGGUUGUCAUGGAGACAGGAGGAGAGAGGAGAAAGGAGAGAGGAGAGGGUUGUACUACAACAGAGGAAGAGGAGGAGGAGGAGGAGGAGGAGGAGGAGAAAGCAGAGGAGGAGGAGGAAGAGGAGGAGGAGGAGGAGGAGGAGGAGGAAGAGGAGGAGAAAGCGGAGGAGGAGGAGGAAGAGGAGGAGGAGGAGGAAGAGGAGGAGGAGGAGGAGGAAGAGGAGGAGGAGGAGGAGGAGGAGGAGGAGGAGAAAGCGGAGGAGGAGGAGGAAGAGGAGGAGAAAGCGGAGGAGGAGGAGGAGGAGGAGGAGGAGGAAGAGGAGGAGGAGGAGGAGGAGGAGGAGGAGGAAGAGGAGGAGGAGGAGGAGGAGACAAACACAACUGAAAUUCCAGCAAAGUGGGUUAAGUGUCUUCAGCGCCCCCUUCAGGGAGAGAGGGUGAAUCGCCCCCUUCAGGGAGAGAGAGUGAAGCGCCCCCUUCAGGGAGAGAGGGUGAAGCGCCCCCUUCAGGGAGAGAGGGUGAAGCGCCCCCUUCAGGGAGAGAGGGUGAAGCGCCCCCUUCAGGGAGAGAGGGUGAAUCCCCCCCUUCAGGGAGAGAGGGUGAAUCCCCCCCUUCAGGGAGAGAGGGUGAAGCGCCCCCUUCAGGGAGAGAGAGUGAAGCGCCCCCUUCAGGGAGAGAGGAUGAAGCGCCCCCUUCAGGGAGAGAGGGUGAAUCCCCCCCUUCAGGGAGAGAGGGUGAAGCGCCCCCUUCAGGGAGAGAGAGUGAAGCGCCCCCUUCAGGGAGAGAGGGUGAAGCGCCCCCUUCAGGGAGAGAGGGUGAAUCCCCCCCUUCAGGGAGAGAGGGUGAAUCGCCCCCUUCAGGGAGAGAGGGUGAAUUCCCCCCUUCAGGGAGAGAGGGUGAAUCGCCCCCUUCAGGGAGAGAGGGUGAAUCGCCCCCUUCAGGGAGAGAGGGUGAAGCGCCCCCUUCAGGGAGAGAGGGUGAAGCGCCCCCUUCAGGGAGAGAGGGUGAAGCGCCCCCUUCAGGGAGAGAGGGUGAAGCGCCCCCUUCAGGGAGAGAGGGUGAAUCGCCCCCUUCAGGGAGAGAGGGUGAAGCGCCCCCUUCAGGGAGAGAGGGUGAAUCGCCCCCUUCAGGGAGAGAGGGUGAAUCGCCCCCUUCAGGGAGAGAGGGUGAAGCGCCCCCUUCAGGGAGAGAGGGUGAAGCGCCCCCUUCAGGGAGAGAGGGUGAAGCGCCCCCUUCAGGGAGAGAGGGUGAAUCGCCCCCUUCAGGGAGAGAGGGUGAAGCGACCCCUUCAGGGAGAGAGGGUGAAUCGCCCCCUUCAGGGAGAGAGGGUGAAUCGCCCCCUUCAGGGAGAGAGGGUGAAUCGCCCCCUUCAGGGAGAGAGGGUGAUUCGCCCCCUUCAGGGAGAGAGGGUGAAUCGCCCCCUUCAGGGAGAGAGGGUGAAGCGCCCCCUUCAGGGAGAGAGGUUGAAGCGCCCCCUUCAGGGAGAGAGGGUGAAGCGCCCCCUUCAGGGAGAGAGGGUGAAGCGCCCCCUUCAGGGAGAGAGGGUGAAGCGACCCCUUCAGGGAGAGAGGUUGAAUCGCCCCCUUCAGGGAGAGAGGGUGAAUCGCCCCCUUCAGGGAGAGAGGGUGAAUCGCCCCCUUCAGGGAGAGAGGGUGAAGCGCCCCCUUCAGGGAGAGAGGGUGACGCGCCCCCUUCAGGGAGAGAGGGUGAAGCGCCCCCUUCAGGGAGAGAGGUUGAAGCGCCCCCUUCAGGGAGAGAGGGUGAAGCGCCCCCUUCAGGGAGAGAGGGUGAAGCGCCCCCUUCAGGGAGAGAGGGUGAAGCGACCCCUUCAGGGAGAGAGGGUGAAUCGCCCCCUUCAGGGAGAGAGGGUGAAUCGCCCCCUUCAGGGAGAGAGGGUGAAUCGCCCCCUUCAGGGAGAGAGGGUGAAGCGACCCCUUCAGGGAGAGAGGGUGAAUCGCCCCCUUCAGGGAGAGAGGGUGAAGCGCCCCCUUCAGGGAGAGAGGCUCAAAGGCCGAUGCUCAGAGCGACCAGUGAGGAUGAAGAACAUGUGUAUUUACUGA